AUGUCGGACCCUCAACCCACGAAGAAGUGCGCCCAGUGCGGUCAAGUCAAGAAACCCAGCGCUUUCCCGCCAGAACUCAAGUCUUUUUCCCUUCCAGAAAUCUACGUCUGUCACAAAUGCCUCGGCGGAAGUGAGCCCAUUUCGCCACCGCAAAACGAUGGUGCGCAAGACACGCGGUCCACCUCCCCUCACAGCACGACGACACGGGAAGAGCGGUCCGAACAGGGCAGCAGCAGCAACACAGCGGGAGACCAAGACGGCGGCGACGAUGAGACACAGGUCUGUGUAGGGUGCGAAGAGGAAUACCCGCUCGAAGAGUUUCAAACGAACGGAUACACGCUGCUAUACGCGAGCGCCGGCAAUGCCGAGGAAGAAGGGAACUCUGAGGAUGGAUGGUCGGAAGAAACUAUUACUCUUGGCGGAACUUCAGAGGAGGAACAGCAUGAAUACGGUGCCGUGGAUGGGGCCGACGAAGCAGAAGUUGAUGGCCAGAACGAAAGCCCGAAGAGGAAACUCUCGAAUGACUACGAGCUUGUAGGGUCGCUCCGGAGUGGGGGUGUCCUGAAGGCUUACAAGGAUUGGAUGGAGAAAGAGGCCUGGUCGGACCAUGCGAGCUCUACACCGGCGACAUCUAAGGCCUGCCACCCGAUCGUGGUACCAAAAGGCUAUGAGUGGCUGACUGAUGGGAAAUAG